ACAGCUCGAAGCCGUAACGAGCAGCAUCUAAGUACAAAAAUAAAAUAUACAAUUUAAAAACUUUUUUUUUUUUUUUCAACACACAAAAAGUAUUUUUCCGGUAUUAAAAACGAGUGUUGUAAACGGAUCAACUAUUGUUGAUGACCAGCAAAAUUUUGUGAAAAAAGUAAACAAAAAAAAAACUAGAACCCAAUCAUCGAACUAUGGAGCCGGCCGUGUGCAAUCCGCGAGUGAACGUUCAGGGCCACGAUGGCAACGAUAUGUUGAGCGACGACGAGAAGCAAGCUAUAGAUGAUAUCAAAGGCAUCUGUUUGAAGACCGUCGAGCUGGGAACGAAGCUGCACCGCGAGAUCUAUGCGCUGGAGGAGAAGGCCGAGCCGGAGCACAAUGUUCUGUACGACGAGCGCAAGAAGAUCAUUGACGGCCUGCGCCAGAAGCACCAGGGGGACCCGCUGGCCAAGAACAUGGGCAACUUCUGGCUGCACGUCCUGAAGGCAGCCAUCCAGCAGUGUCCGGAAUUCGCCAGCACCAAUGAGAUUGACGACGCGGAAGCGGAAAUCCUCUGCCACAUAAGUGACAUACGCAGCAAGCUCUACACCGAGCCGGAGCUCAAGUUCGAUAUCACCUUUUACUUUGAGCCGAACGCCUACCUCAGAAACGAUUAUCUGCGCAAGGUGUACUACAUCAAGUGCAAGGCGGACCCUAAAGAGCCGCAGGCCUACGACGGCGCUGAGAUCUACCGGACGGAGGGCACAAUGAUCCACUUUACCUCGCCGGCCCUCAAUGCCAAGUACAGGAAGACCUUCUUCUUUAAGUUCUUCAUGCCGCCAACUCUGCCCUAUAGCAACGAGCCCAACUAUAAGGAAAUCAACGAGAUCUUGAAGAAGGACUUCCGGUUCGGAUUCUACCUGAAGGAGAAUGUCAUACCCAAGGCCGUGUACUACUUCACGGGUGAGAUCAAGGAAUCCAUGGGAUCGUCCAGCUCCACGGACGACGAAGAUUACGACGACGACGGCGACAACAACAACAACGAGGAUGAAUCCGGAUCGGCGGGCUCGGAUAGCCUCGACCCGAACGCGUCCGAGGACGAGAAGGAUGAUGAUGACGAAGAGGAGCCCGAGGAUGUGCACGUAUACGGGGAAUUGCUGGACUCCGAAGACUGGUCCUUCGACUCGGGAGAUUCCAUGGACUCUGGCAAUUAGGUUGCGCUCCUAAACGAUACUUAAGCACUUAAUUUGUACACUUCCAAAAGACACGGAGUUUUUAAACAAUUUAUUUGUCACGUGCGGCCAACAAUUUCUUUGCCAUCCACCCCCACACAUCCACACAAACACACCACAAAAAGGAUAUGUUAAGAAAGCAAUUGUUUACCCUGCGAUCGAAACAAACACACAAAAAAACCUUCAA